UAACGCUCGAAGACGAUGACGACUCGGGCGAGUACGAGGGUGAUAACGCUGCUGCUGCCUUCACAGCCCAUCAGUUAAACACUAAAAAAUAUAAAUCAACACUUGUAUUUAUACUUAACACACGGUUUGAAUUUUUAAAAAACACCAACACUGGUGAAACUUUUUCAUUAAAUUAUUUUGUGAGUAUAAUAACAAUAAAUAAAUUUUUAUUUUAUUAUUUUUGAUAAAAAAAAACGCUAAAACUGUAUAAUAUUCGUGUUUAGAGAAAAAGCGACUCGAGAGCAGCAACGUGCCGGUACCAACGACGGCUGGCUCGGUUCUACGCUGUAUUGUGGGUGUCGGGUCACAUCUUGCAGGGCCACGUGGUCGUUCAAACUCAGCAAAGCACUUGUUCGAGUUUGCGCGCAUCAAUAUUCCUAUCAGUAUAUCCUUCUUAUUCUAUUCACUCUUCGCACGUUUUAUACCUGCUAAGCUCUGCAGAACAAGAAAAUUUAAGCGGAUUAUGUCUAUUAUCUAUUACCUGAACUGACCUACGCUAGAUUUUCAUUUACUUUCUAUUUUAAAAUUUUAAAAACUGAACGAGGGAGUUUUUUUUUCCUUCUUUGACGUCACUCAAUUCUGCUUGUACCUCGGUGGAAUAAAAAGAUAAUUAGACAAUUAAAUAAUGAGCACGGCGGUUUUAAGAUAUGUUUCUUCGGAUGCGGGUAAAUCAAAAAGAUCUUUUUCCGCGCCUGUUAAAAAGUCUAAUUCCAGGGAAACUGUUCACCAUGCUAAUUUGGGUAGAGCACUACGGAUUCCCUGUAAAAAUAUAACACUGGAUUGUACGUCAAAAGUAUUGACAAAAUCCGAGUAUGACUAUUUCCGUAAUUGUGCGAUUGAAGGUCUCAAGACGGAGAAAGAAAGGCGAGAUAAUUUGUACGAAAAUGAGAUGAAGAAAGAACAUUUGCUGGCGGAGAGUAUUGCUCGGAAGGAAAAAAUACGCCAAAUGGACACGGAAAAAUUGAAGAAGAAAACUAAUAAGCUUGAUGAGUUUGAAGCUGAAGCGAAGGCGAGGACUAUGCAUUUGUUAGAGAGAGCGAAUAACUUGAAACUGGAGCAGGAAGAAGAAAUGCAGUUGUGCAAUAAAUUAAUUUUAGAGACCAAGUGCCGAGCUAUCAGAGAUCUUCAGAUUGCAGAAAGAAGAUUGAUUGAAAAAGAACUGAGUGAAGAAGAAAAGCGGCUGAAUGAAAUGAUGGAAAAUGAGCGACGGGAAAAAAUAGAAAAAGAGAAGAAGAAAGAAGAGGAAUUAGCUGCUAAAAGACGGGAAUUUGCAUCCCGGUUGAAGCAUCAAAUAAUCGAGAAUGAGGAGCAGAAGAUUAUUGAAUUUGAGAGGAAACAAGAGGAGGGUAAAUUGAUAAAUCUCAGUAAUAUUGCGUGGAUGGAUGAAGAAAUAUUGAAGGAAAAGAGGAGAAAAGAGCAGGGCGCGUUGAUAAGGAAAGAACUUGCUGUUGAAAAUGAACGGCUGAAGAAAUUCAAAGAAAUUGAACGUGAGGAAAACAGAAUUAUUGAUAUGAGAAUAAAAGAAUACCAGCGAAUGAAGGCAGAGCGUGAUAAAGCAAUUGCAGAGACUCAGAAGGCCAUCCAAGCUCAGAAAAAUCAAGAGCGAAUUCGGGUAAUGAAACAGGCGAUGCAGGCUCAUGAUUUUCAAGCCCAGAUUGAGGAGCUUAAUGAAAUACGGAUCAAAGAGGAGGUAGAGCGUGAGUGGCGACGCCGGGAAAAAGAAGCUGCGCUUAAUAAAUUGAAGAUAAGGCGACAAUUUGCUCAAGCACGACAGGAUCAAAUAAAGUGCCGUAAAAUUCUUCAGGCUAUGGAGUUGGAACGGGACAAGCGUGAAUUUCAGAAAAUUGUUGCCGCGCAAAAAGAAGCUCUAGCAAAGGAACAGGAAAAUCGAGAGAAGCAGCUACGGCAAGCUCAGAAACAUCGUGAUGAAAUAUUGAAACAAGUAAAUGACAAAGAAAAGGACAAAGUUGAAGCAAGACGAAGGGUGUUUGAAGAGGGUAUGGCUCAGAGGGCGGAAAUUGAAAUGAGAGCAAGAAGACUGAGAGAAGCCAUGGAAAGAAAAUGCCAAGAAAUGAGAGAAAAUAAAGUUCCAGAAGUUUAUAUCAAUGAUAUCAAAAGCAUGAUUGCUAAAAUUCAAUAAGCUUGAGCUGUUUAAGGGGAAAUUGUAUAAGUUACUAUGCAGCGCUUUUUUUUUUAUAAAAGAUAGAAAAUUGAGUAGAAAAAUUAUUAUUAUAUUCAGUUUUUGUUUUAUACAUU